CCAGGGCGGAUGAGGGUAUUGGGUCAUACGUGGGCUUACGUAAAGUCUUCAAAGGCAACAUGAAGCCCCGUAAGUCCGAAGGUAACUAUAUGGUUGAGCAGGAUCUUUUGCAUCGUUUUCCUUCCCUAGCCUUUUGCAGCACCGAUUAUAUAGUGAAACAUGGAUUGGUUUUCCCACAUGCACCGGGAGAUGUGGUGCAUGGUGUUCUCCUCCUUCCCCAUCAGGUCAAGGUCAUCGUGACUUUGGUGCUUCUUGGAAUGGGUGAAUAUCCCAAUCCUUGUCCGACUGAAAACAUAGAGACUGUCGCAGAUUGCGAGGGGAGCUUCGUCGCAUGGCCAAAGUCAUUAGUGGGCCUUGGAAAUAGAGUUGUGUCAGUGGCUGACACAAACAUCUUCUUUGCCUACCAUCAGCGCCAUUCUCAAUCCCAAGUGCAUGCUCUAUCCGGAGGAGACAGAGCUGAGGAUGCAUCCGGAGAAUAUACGCGAGUUCAUGCGAUGGGAGGAGGACCGGCCUUAACCACUGUCCGUAUCGACGUCAAGUUCAUCAUCUGCAACCUCUCCGACCACGAUCGUCUCAAGAUCGGAGCGAUCGUGGCCCUCGAGAUCCUCCGCUUUCGCGACAUCGUCCUCCUCAACUGCACCGAGAACAUGAACACUGGCAAGACGCACACCUACUUCUCGUCCCUUCCGCGGAUCCUCCCACGCUACGACUACGUCAUGAAGGCAGACGACGACGUGUACCUGCGGAUGGAGCGACUGGCGACGUCCCUAGAUGUCGGGGUACAUGCGGAUGUACUACGGUUUCGUCAUCCCCUGCCCCAGCAUGAACCCUUUCGUGGGGUACAUGUCGGGGAUGGGGUACGUGCUGUCGUGGGAUCUGGUGGAGUGGAUCGGGCGGUCGGGGAUCCCGGCAAACAACACCCGGGGGCCGGAGGAUAAGCUGGUGGGGCAGUGGUUGGACGCGGGGAAGAGGGGGAAGAACCGGGUGAACAACAAGCCGGCGAUGUACGACUACCCGGGGAGUAACGGGAAGUGUUCCCACCAGCUGGUCCCGGACACCAUCGCCGUCCACCGCCUCAAGAAGGUGGAGCAAUGGGUGCAUGUCUUGACCUUUUUUAAUGUCACCCCGCCACCACUCUAAUCAAAAGAUGCCGAUUCAUUGGUUUAUG